GCCAUGACUACAGGCUCUCUAAUUAUUUAAUCCAAAUUAAAUACUCGCCAAAAACUUCCAUGGCAAGAGCCACAAGUCAAAUCUAUGAUGUUGCAACCCUCCACUCCUCUGUUCUCUGCUCCUGUCCAUCCAUGGUAAGAGGUCAGCAGGACACACCCCGUCUCCACGGUAACAGCAUGGAGGGCCAGACCCCGCCUCCUCAGCCCGCCCAGCCGCGCAAGAAGAGACCUGAAGAUUUCAAAUUCGGCAAAAUACUGGGAGAGGGUUCUUUCUCUACGGUCGUCCUCGCUAAAGAACACUCAACAGGAAAGGAAUAUGCAAUUAAGAUCCUGGAGAAACGGCACAUUAUGAAGGAGAACAAGGCCCAGUACGUGAAGAGGGAGAGAGACCUGAUGUCCAUCCUGGAUCAUCCUUUCUUCGUCAAACUCUACUUCACCUUCCAGGAUGAGGAGAAGCUCUAUUUCGGGCUGAGUUAUGCUAAAAACGGAGAGCUUUUGAAAUACAUCCGUAAGAUUGGCUCAUUCGACGAAACCUGCACACGGUUCUACUCAGCCGAGAUAGUGUGUGCACUGGAGUACCUACACCACAAAGGCAUCAUUCACAGGGAUCUGAAACCUGAGAAUAUCUUGCUGAGUGAGGAGAUGCACAUUCAGAUCACAGACUUUGGGACGGCCAAGCAGCUUUCGUCGGACAGCAAACAGGCCAGGGCAAAUUCUUUUGUUGGUACGGCUCAAUACGUGUCCCCAGAGUUACUGACCGAGAAAUCUGCCUGCAAGAGUUCUGAUCUGUGGGCCUUGGGGUGCAUCAUAUACCAGCUGGUUGCCGGGUUACCGCCAUUCAGAGCCGGUAAUGAGUAUCUGAUAUUCCAGAAGAUUAUUAAACUAGAGUAUGAGUUUCCAGAGAAGUUCUUCCCAAAAGCCAAGGACCUGGUGGAACAGCUUCUGUCAUUGGAUCCCUGUAAGCGGAUUGGCUGUGAGGAGAUGGGCGGGUACGAGCCGCUGAGGUCACACCCCUUCUUUGAGUCAAUCACCUGGGAUGACCUGCACAUGCAGACUCCGCCCAAACUCACGCCCUACCUGCCAGCCAUGUCCGAGGAUGACGAGGACUGCUAUGGCAAUUACGACGACCUUCUUAGCCAGUUCAGUAGCAUGCAGCUCAGCCAGCCUGGCCCCGCCCCUUCAGUGGCCGUGCCCAUUGAGGCCCCUCCCCCUGCAAGUAACCCCGCCCUCAGUGUGGACCAGUUCAUUCAUGACCUGGACAGUAACAGUAUGGAACUGGACCUGCAGUUCAGCGAGGAAGAGAAGCGCCUUUUACUGGACAAGCAGAGCGCUGCGAACCCAUGGCACCAGUUUGUGGAGAAUAAUCUCAUUCUGAAGAUGGGCCCUGUCGACAAACGCAAGGGUCUAUUUGCACGGCGGAGACAGCUGCUCCUAACUGAAGGUCCUCACCUAUAUUACGUUGAUCCAGUGAACAAGGUUCUGAAAGGAGAGAUCCCCUGGUCACCAGAACUCCGACCUGAGGCCAAGAACUUCAAAACCUUCUUCGUUCACACGCCAAACCGGACGUAUUACCUGAUGGAUCCCAGUGGCAAUGCUGAUAAAUGGUGUAAGAAAAUCCAAGAAGUCUGGAGGAAGAUCUAUCACAAGCACCAGAACCCUAGCCUAUAGGAGCACAGCUUUCUCCCAUGACCACACCCCCCUGCAGCCCUCAGACCAAUCAGAGAGCAGACACAUACCCCCUAAUGGAGCAAGUCUCUCCUCCUUUCUUCCUGUUCUCAGCCGUCUCCCUUAAUCAUUCAUCAUUAAGGAACAUCAGCAAGCAAACCAUAAUGAGAGCUCUUCCAGAUCUUUCAUGAAAAUCGGUAGAAGAGUCAGUUGAGAAAAAAAAUCAUUCUCUUUCUCUCUCUCUAAGUGUUAACGUCCCUCACUUUGACUCAGUUCUGGGGUGUGUGUCUUCUUUGUCUGAUUGGUCUCCAUUUAGAGUUAAGGCGGGUCCUUUACCCUCAUUGGCCACCAUAGCUGGUAUAACUGAUCUGAUUGGAUGAUGUGGUGUAGAUUGUUUCUGUGGUGGGAGGUCCUGCUCCUUAAGUGUGUUGCUUGUUCCAAAUCAAACUGAAAGAAAACUUUCUGAACAACAAAAUAUAUACUACAGAAAACAACUCCAUCUUAAUAAUCACCACACCGACAACAAUCACUGCAGAACUCUGGGUAAUGUAUUUCUGGAGGGUAUUAUGUCACCCCUGGCCCUGAGCCAAGAGCGCGACUGAUUUUCAGUUUAGUUUUUUGUUUGUUUGUUUGUUUUUUUUCCUCCAUUUAAGUCUCUGCAAUGGGAUAAAGACAGUGUGUAUGUUUCUGAAUGGUGAUGUAUGACCAGGAGGCUGUGUGUGUGUGUGUGUGUGUGUGUGAGAGAGAGAGAGAGAGAGAGAGAGAGAAAUGUUUGGGAGAUGUGUGUGUUUGUGUCCUUCUCUCACUAGGGCGUUUUUAAUGGGAAGGUGGUUUGUGUGUGAGAGUGUGUGUGUGUGUGAGUGAGGUCAGUUCUCCUGAUGGGUAUUUGUUGAUGACUGUGAUGUAUAGUGGAUAUUCUAUUGAAAUGGGAGGUAGUGCAGCUGGUAGAUCAGCCAUACUAAGAUCCGGGUUUUGUAUUUUUAUUCUUGUAUAAGGUUAUUUGGACGGCUUUUCCUUCGCGUCCUUCUGCUCUCUUCCGUGUUAUUUAAAUUCUAAUAUAUGGGAAUCAUAUUUGGAUUGAAGUCACGUUGGAGGGGGGCUGUUGUGUGUAUGUAUUUGAAAUGUAAAGCCUUUUGAAUGUGAAGAAUUAUUGUAAACUAUGAUAUUUUACCGUCUUUUCUUUUCUUACUAUAAUCAUAUACAUUUUCUAUUUGAGCAGUGAUCGACCUUUUUUUUUCUUUUCUUUUUUUUUUUUUUUUUCUCCCUCCCCCUGAUAAUUUAAAGCCCAUGCGUGCAUGCGGGGAUCCUGUGAGUGAAUGAGUGAGAGUGUGUGUGUGUGUGUUUGAGUGAGCCUGCGUGUGUGUGUGUGUGUGUGUGAGAGAGAGAGAGAGAGAGGGCUGUGUGUAUUCUCUUUGCUAGGCUGUGGCAGCCUGGCUGCACCUAGAACUGAAAUAAAGCAUGUAGGGGUUUAGGCCGACAGAAAACAAA